GAGAUGCUGAGGUGACAGCAGGCAGAAGGAGAACAGGGACGACCAACACUCCGACAUAUUCCACCCUUUAAACCUGCUUAUUGUUCUCUAACAUUUUCUACAAACGCGACCACCGCCGCCAUCUCUUCUUCAUGGACGGCUCCCUCGCGAUGGGAUUCCGUUCAAUGUCGUCCCCUCCUCCUCCAAAAGCAGAGGAUUUGUUGUAACCACACCCGGCUGGAUUGGAUCAAGGAUUGGCAGCAAAGACCCGAGGGCUCUCCAUCAAGGCACUAAUGCUCGUGUCAGUGUGAGGCCGCUGGUCGAGGGGGGGGGAAGCAGUGAGGACAGCGUCCCAGGUCCACAGACGGGAUGAGCGGGGGAACAGAGCAAGCUGACAUCCUGACCGUGCUCUCCCUGGUCAAGGAACGAUGGAAAGUGGCGAAGAAGAUCGGGGGAGGCGGGUUCGGGGAGAUCUACGAGGCGGUGGACCUCCUGACGCGGGUCAGCGUGGCGCUGAAGGUGGAGUCGGCCCAGCAGCCCAAACAGGUGCUCAAGAUGGAGGUCGCCGUGCUGAAGAAGCUCCAGGGCAAAGACCACGUGUGUCGCUUUGUGGGAUGUGGCCGCAACGACCGCUUCAACUACGUCGUGAUGGAGCUUCAGGUUGGUAUUAAUGCAGAGGACUUAAUGCCUCGCUCUUAA